AUGUUUCCAUUUCUAUCUAUUUUUUUAUUCUCGGCCACUAUUAAGGCAGAACCGAAAUAUGGCCCUGAAAUCGUUGCCGAGACGAGCAUAGGGCGAAUUUUGGGCGAGAUAGUGCAGGCUGCCAGUUACACUGCGGAAGUCUACGAAUCGGUACCGUAUGCCGAGGAGCCGAGUGGAGAGCUCCGAUUUGAGACGCCAGUACCUCGUCAGAAUUGGUCAACGAUCCUCGACGUCCGUGCGCAGACGAAAUGUCCCACGCAUGUGGAUUCUACCCCAGUUGCCGAAGAUUUCAAAGCGAUAGAAGACUGCUUACGCCUAAAAAUUGUGGUACCUUUGGAUGAAAACGGGAAGCGUUUCAAAGAAAAGGUGCCUCUUCUGGUUUGGAUCCACGGCGGCUCUUACCACUUUGGCGGCAAGUACCACUACAAUAGCACGGGAGUAGUGAAGCAUUUUGCAUCGCGGAAAAUCGCCUUUGCCUCGAUUGAUUAUCGGCUUGGGUUUGAAGGUUUUCUGAGCGCUGGCGACCCGGAGAUACCCGGAAAUCUGGCGCUCGAGGACAUCUACAGCGGACUGCAGUUUCUCAGGGAAAAUGCGAACAACUUCGGAUUCGACGUGAACAACAUCGUCGUAGCUGGGGAAAGCGCAGGCGCAGCGCUCGCCGGGAUUACAGCGAUUAGCCCGAGGUUUAAAGGUUUACUCCAUGGCGCUAUGCUCUUUUCCGGGACUCCCGGAGCGGCAUGGGGCAUUCGAAACAAGCAUACGAUUGCGAACACAAAGUUCAUGUUUGCGAAAUGCAAUUGUAGUGCCACGGCCGAUACGAAAAGCGUUAAGGAAUGCAUGAAAAAGGCCCCAAUAGACUGCUACCGCACCGGGGAUAAGAACGAAUUGGAUCGUCUGGGAAAGAAGAAUGGGCGAACGUACGAAAACCAGCGGAUGGGCGAAACGCUUUUUACUCCGAUCGUCGAUGCUUCUAGAGGCGAAGAUGCGAUGCUUCCCGAUAAGCUGGAAAACUUGAUCAGCCAACACGCUCAUCUCCCAAUCUUGAUCAGCAACGCUGCUCAUGAGCAGAUGGCGAUGAUGCGGGCCUUAGUGACUUACCUAAACCACUACGGAACUUCGAUACCGCAAUGGUUCGGCGAAAUGGUGCCCGACCGCUACAACGCCUCGGCUACUGUAAAGUUGUUGUUGAAGGAACGAUACCUGCCCGAAAAAUUCUCAGACCAGGUGACGAUCCGGAAAUUGAGCCACUGGUCAAAUGAUGAAUGGACGACGUCGGCGCACGAGACGGCCCUCCAAUAUGCCGACAAAAAUCUGACCGUUUAUACGCUGCUCAAUGACGUUUUUGACGAACCAGAAGCCGAAGUCUACGAAUCAAUACCGUAUGCGGAGGAGCCGUCAGGAGACCUGAGAUUCGAGAAACCGGUUCCGCGCCUGAACUGGUCGACGAUACUCGACGUACGCGAGAAUACGGCAUGCCCGACUUAUGCACGAGACUACCAACUUAUUUACGUCGAGGAUUGCUUACGACUAAAAGUUGUAGUCCCUUUAGAUGAGCAUGGCAAGGUCGGUGGCAAAAAAUACUAUGCUAGCAGUGGCGUCAUCAAAAAUAUUGCUUCGCGAAAGAUUGCAUUUGCUUCUAUCGAUUAUCGGCUUGCAUUCGAAGGGUUCUUGAGCAAUGGCGACAAAGAUUUUCCGGGAAAUCUCGCACUCGAAGAUCUGCUGCUUGGAAUAAAUUUUCUAAGGGAAAAUGCCGACAACUUUGGUUUCGAUGCCAACAACAUCGUGGUGGCCGGGGAAAGCGCUGGCGGCUCACUGGCGGGGCUAAUGGCGAUAAGUCCUAGAUUCAAAGGGCUCUUCCAUGGCGUUAUGAUGUUCUCCGGGUCGCCAUCUUCUGCCUGGGCCAUCCGAACGAAACAUACGGCCGCGAAUUCGAGGCAGCUCUUCGAGCGGUGCAAUUGUACGACGACGCCUGGGAGCCAGGCAAUUAAAGAGUGCAUGAAAAAGGCUCCAGUUCAAUGCUAUCGCGACAUCGACGAGUUCGAAUUCGAUGUGAAAGGCAAAAACAAUGGGGGCAUUUACGAGGGAUGGCGGAUGGCCACCUCUUGGUUCACACCCGUCGUCGACGCGCACAGAGGAGCGGAGUCAUUCUUGCAGGAGAAACCUGAAACGCUGAGCAAAAAGCACGCGCAUCUACCGGCCAUUAUCCAGCAACGCCGCACACGAGCUGAUUACAUCCCACCGACCAGCUGCAUACGUUUCGCUAGUGAUCAGCUAGAGGAGGGGUGGAUGACGGUGGACGACUUCUUUGACGCCCAGGUCCCGGAGCGCUACAAUGCUUCGGCCGUGGUGAGGAUGUUGAUCAAGGAACGCUACCAGCCCAAGCGCACCAGGGAACGAAUUACCGUCGUUCGCAAGUUGACGCAGUUCACGACGGACGAAUGGCUGGCCGAUGCACAGUACGAAGCGCUGGAUUACGCUGCUAAAAAUUUAACAGUUUAUUCCUUGAUCAAUGAUGUAUUUGAUGCUCCAGACGGUGGCGAAGAGCUCUUUGAUUCGACCACGCACGGCACCGACUUGUUUAUGUUGUUCGAAAAUCAAGGCAUCACCGAACGCAUUAAUUUUUUGCCGUCUAGCCGACAUCAUGGAGGAGUUCAUCCGGACGAAGAAACUAAAAGAUCACCCGGCGUUCAACCGGGAAACUCGGCCAUUGAUCAAAAUCUCACAUCAACCGUAUCAGGCAUAAUGUCAACUACGACACGGAAUCCUAUUAUUUUUGGAAGAUGCUUCUGCCCACCAUCGCUCGUUUCAAUCUCCAGGGAAAGAACAUCGAGACUGCGAAGGCCGGGUGAAGCUCUGCUCGAGAAACUAUUCCAGUUGAUCCUCCAGGGCCAGCUGGUUGUAUUUAACCAGGGCCGUGCCCCUCAAGAAUAUGAACAGCAGGUCGAGGUCGACGACCUCCUCGACGUCAAGUUUUUCGGCGGCCUGUGGCUUUUCCGCCUCGACAGCGGCGGGCGGAGUAUCCCCGAU